UCUGUCCCCAUGGCUCUGUCCCCAUGCAUCCGUCUGUCCCCGUACCCCCCAUGUCCUCCCAUCCCCGUGUCCCCACUGGGCCGCGUUGGUGGUGACCGGGCUCCUCUUUGCUCUCACAGAGCUUGCCCAGACCCUGCCCCGUCGCGGGGGGUCCCCGGUGCCACCAAUUGCAUCCCCACCACCCCCGAGGUCCCCGGUGCCAGCCGCAUCCCCGGGCUCCCCGGUGUCACCGGAUGCACCCUUGGGCUCACCAGGCUCUUUGGGGUCACCGGCAGCACCGCCAAGGCUUCCGGUGGCCCCGGUGUCUCGAGGGUCCCCAGCAUCUUCGAGGUCCCCGGGGUCCCCAGCAGCCCCAGUGUCCCCGGAGUCCCCAGCACUGCCACAGGCCCCCGUGGCACCUCCAGCUCCGUGGUCCCCAGGGCUCCCUGGUGGCCCAUCCCUGCAUGACCUGGGGGCCAAGCUCGCCUCCUACAACGGCUCCUUGCUGCAGCGCCUGGAGAGCCACCUCCGGGCCACCAACUUCCCCCUGCGGGGCAACCAGACGGUGGCCACGGUGGCCAGGGCCAUCCUCUCAUACCUGCUCCGCCGCAGCCCGGCCGCGCUCCGGCACCAGCUCCUCCAGCAGCUGCCCCAUCCCAAGCCCCAUUUGAUGCCGGGGGCUGCCGGGGAGGCUCUGGUGGACCUGGAGGGGCUGCGGGGCCAUGCAGAGACGGUGGUGAUCCGGUACCGGCUCCUGGAAGAGCCGGAGGGCGCUGAGGGGGAGCUGCGGGUGCCAGGGGACACGGUGCUGGCCCGGGUGCCGGGGCUGGUGCCGGGUGCCAGGUACCGGGUGGAGGUGCACGGCCUGGUGCGGGGCCACGUCUCCAAGUCCUACACGUUCCUGGUGACAGCAGGGGUGGGCGGCACCGAGGAGCCGCCACUGGGUUGGGAGCAGAUGUACGAGAUGGAACCAACCGAGCCCCAAGGAGCCCCAGCUAAAGAAGCAGAGCCGGCCCCACCAUCGGAGGAGCCACCAGUCAAGCCCCGCCUGGGCGAGCUCAGGGUCUCCAAUGUCACCCCCAGCUCCGUGCAGCUGGAGUGGAGCGUCCCCGAGGGUACCUUUGACUCCUUCACUGUGCAGUACCGGGAUGCUCAAGGCCAACCUCAGGCACUUGCAGUUGAUGGUGGCUCCCGCACGGUGACGGUGUCGGGGCUGUCCCCAUCCCGACGCUACAAGUUCAACCUGUAUGGGGUGUGGGGACGGAAGCGGGUUGGUGUCAUCUCCACUGACACCAUUACAGCCCCAGCUCCACAGGAGGAGGAACCAGCAUCGCAGCCAGUGCUGGGUGAGCUCCGGGUGUCCGACGUCACCUCUGACUCCGUGCAUCUGGAGUGGAGCGUCCCCGAGGGCACCUUUGACUCCUUCACGCUGCAGUACCGCGAUGCACAAGGCCAGCCCCAGGUGCUGCCCGUGGACGGGGGUUCCCGCACGCUGACGGUGCCGGGGCUGUCCCCGUCCCGCCGCUACAAGUUCAACCUGUACGGGCUGUGGGGUCGCACCCGCCUGGGCCCCGUCUCCACCGACACUGUCACAGCCCCAGCUCCACAGGAGGAGGAACCAGCAUCGCAGCCAGUGCUGGGUGAGCUCCGGGUGUCCGACGUCACCUCUGACUCCGUGCAUCUGGAGUGGAGCGUCCCCGAGGGCACCUUUGACUCCUUCACGCUGCAGUACCGCGAUGCACAAGGCCAGCCCCAGGUGCUGCCCGUGGACGGGGGUUCCCGCACGCUGACGGUGCCGGGGCUGUCCCCGUCCCGCCGCUACAAGUUCAACCUGUACGGGCUGUGGGGUCGCACCCGCCUGGGCCCCGUCUCCACCGACACUGUCACAGCCCCAGCUCCACAGGAGGAGGAACCAGCAUCGCAGCCAGUGCUGGGUGAGCUCCGGGUGUCCGACGUCACCUCUGACUCCGUGCAUCUGGAGUGGAGCGUCCCCGAGGGCACCUUUGACUCCUUCACGCUGCAGUACCGCGAUGCACAAGGCCAGCCCCAGGUGCUGCCCGUGGACGGGGGUUCCCGCACGCUGACGGUGCCGGGGCUGUCCCCGUCCCGCCGCUACAAGUUCAACCUGUACGGGCUGUGGGGUCGCACCCGCCUGGGCCCCGUCUCCACCGACACUGUCACAGCUCCAAAGGAGAAGAAGCCACCAACCAAGCCCCGCAUGGGAGAGCUCCGGGUGUCCGACGUCACCUCUGACUCCGUGCAUCUGGAGUGGAGCGUCCCCGAGGGCACCUUUGACUCCUUCACGCUGCAGUACCGCGAUGCACAAGGCCAGCCCCAGGUGCUGCCCAUGGACGGGGGUUCCCGCACGCUGACGGUGCCGGGGCUGGCCCCGUCCCGCCGCUACAAGUUCAACCUGUACGGGCUGUGGGGUCGCACCCGCCUGGGCCCCGUCUCCACCGACACGGUCACAGCCCCAGCUCCACAGGAGGAGGAACCAGCAUCGCAGCCAGUGCUGGGUGAGCUCCGGGUGUCCGACGUCACCUCUGACUCCGUGCAUCUGGAGUGGAGCGUCCCCGAGGGCACCUUUGACUCCUUCACGCUGCAGUACCGCGAUGCACAAGGCCAGCCCCAGGUGCUGCCCGUGGACGGGGGUUCCCGCACGCUGACGGUGCCGGGGCUGUCCCCGUCCCGCCGCUACAAGUUCAACCUGUACGGGCUGUGGGGUCGCACCCGCCUGGGCCCCGUCUCCACCGACACUGUCACAGCCCCAGCUCCACAGGAGGAGGAACCAGCAUCGCAGCCAGUGCUGGGUGAGCUCCGGGUGUCCGACGUCACCUCUGACUCCGUGCAUCUGGAGUGGAGCGUCCCCGAGGGCACCUUUGACUCCUUCACGCUGCAGUACCGCGAUGCACAAGGCCAGCCCCAGGUGCUGCCCGUGGACGGGGGUUCCCGCACGCUGACGGUGCCGGGGCUGUCCCCGUCCCGCCGCUACAAGUUCAACCUGUACGGGCUGUGGGGUCGCACCCGCCUGGGCCCCGUCUCCACCGACACUGUCACAGCCCCAGCUCCACAGGAGGAGGAACCAGCAUCGCAGCCAGUGCUGGGUGAGCUCCGGGUGUCCGACGUCACCUCUGACUCCGUGCAUCUGGAGUGGAGCGUCCCCGAGGGCACCUUUGACUCCUUCACGCUGCAGUACCGCGAUGCACAAGGCCAGCCCCAGGUGCUGCCCGUGGACGGGGGUUCCCGCACGCUGACGGUGCCGGGGCUGUCCCCGUCCCGCCGCUACAAGUUCAACCUGUACGGGCUGUGGGGUCGCACCCGCCUGGGCCCCGUCUCCACCGACACUGUCACAGCUCCAAAGGAGAAGAAGCCACCAACCAAGCCCCGCAUGGGAGAGCUCCGGGUGUCCGACGUCACCUCUGACUCCGUGCAUCUGGAGUGGAGCGUCCCCGAGGGCACCUUUGACUCCUUCACGCUGCAGUACCGCGAUGCACAAGGCCAGCCCCAGGUGCUGCCCAUGGACGGGGGUUCCCGCACGCUGACGGUGCCGGGGCUGGCCCCGUCCCGCCGCUACAAGUUCAACCUGUACGGGCUGUGGGGUCGCACCCGCCUGGGCCCCGUCUCCACCGACACGGUCACAGCCCCAGCUCCACAGGAGGAGGAACCAGCAUCGCAGCCAGUGCUGGGUGAGCUCCGGGUGUCCGACGUCACCUCUGACUCCGUGCAUCUGGAGUGGAGCGUCCCCGAGGGCACCUUUGACUCCUUCACGCUGCAGUACCGCGAUGCACAAGGCCAGCCCCAGGUGCUGCCCGUGGACGGGGGUUCCCGCACGCUGACGGUGCCGGGGCUGUCCCCGUCCCGCCGCUACAAGUUCAACCUGUACGGGCUGUGGGGUCGCACCCGCCUGGGCCCCGUCUCCACCGACACUGUCACAGCCCCAGCUCCACAGGAGGAGGAACCAGCAUCACAGCCAGUGCUGGGUGAGCUCCGGGUGUCCGACGUCACCUCUGACUCCGUGCAUAUUGAAGUGAGGCGGUCCCCGAGGGCACCUUUGACUCCUGGCGCUCUACAACACGGCGAUGCACGGGGCCAGCCGGUGCUGCCCGUGGACGGGGGUCCCCGCACGCUGACGGUGCCGGGGCUGUCCCCGUCCCGCCGUGAGUUAGACCUGUACGGGCUGUGGGGUCGCACCCGCCUGGGCCCCGUCUCCACCGACACUGUCACAG